AUGCAUUACAAGGAUCUCCAGGAAACCAUUAUGUUACCAGAUGGUAUGAAAUACACAUACUUGAACCACAGAAGAAAAAUGGAUGUAUAACGUAAAAACUUCAGACAGUUUAGACUUUUACCAUUCCAAAUUGGACAAAUAACAAGGAAAACUGGUUUAGCAAUACAGGUUUCAUGUGAAGCUGUAACAGUUUGUUAAAGGCAACAUGAAAGCAGACGACAAACUUCAGAUCCUGAAAUUCUUUCUAAUGCUUGUCAAUGCCUUCUUUGUGAUUCUUGGCAUCAGCAUUUUUGCGUGUUCUGCUUGGAUUUUGUUUGACACAGACACCUUUGUAAUUGUUCUCAGCUCCGAACAGCACGUAAAGGUGGUGGCUGGGGGGCUCUUUUUCAUCGGACUUGCUGUGGUUGGUGUGUCUUUGCUGGGUUGUGCCGGUGCCUAUUUUGAGAGCAGAUGUUCCAUCAUAUUUUAUCUGUGCUUCUUAAUCGUCAUCAUACUGGGUCAGAUUUUCAUCACCUUAGUGCUAUUAAUACAAAAGCAGAGGAUUGGGCAAUAUUUGAGGGACAAUGUGGACGACAUCAUUAGGCAGUAUGGAGGAAAUGAAACCCAAACGUCCUGGAAACUUCUAGACAGUGUGCAGACUGCUGCAAAAUGCUGUGGUAGACUGACCUCAAAUGAAUGGAGGAAUAACACGGUUAUUGAAUCCCUGGAAGAGGCUGACAUCUACCCGUGCUCCUGUUUCAAUGGUACCUGCCCAAUUCUGGAUGGAACACACAGCUUUGGAAACGGUUCAGACAUCUAUGAAACGGGCUGUGAGAAGGUUCUUGUGGACUGGCUAGAGAUGAAUAUAACCUUAAUACUUGGAAUGGAGGUUGGCCUUCUUUUGAUUCAGAUUCUUCAGUUUAUCUUUGGCGUCCAAACCUACAAAUGCAUUGGCCGCAAAACGAGGGAACUGCAUCCCAAUAAUCUGCUGAACGCCAUGGAGGAGAACCCUGCAGCAGAGCCUGAACACCAGCAGUACAGUGCAGAAAACCACCAGUUUGAAAUUCAAACCCCUAACCCUCAAAUGGACAGUGGGAAAUAUGCUGAUGAGAAUAAUGAUCAAUAUAACAAUCCUGUAUUUUACGAACAGGGCAACAGUCAAAUGUACAAUACUCGCCCUCAUAAUUUGCAACACCAACAGAGCUAUAAUGGCAGUUAUGAUCAGGGGUAUAUGCAUCACCAGAACAACCAUCAGAGCUACAAUCAUGAUGAUUAUUAAAGUCAGAUUUCUUCUCUGGAGUAAUGUGAUCAGAUUGGGAUGGGCUAAUUUGCGGUUUUAAAAAUAACAUGCUGUACAAAGACCAAGCUGCGGUUUAUGUCUGACCAAAGACACUUAAAACCUUCUCGUAAGACCAUUGUUUUCUUUCACUAAGUUCAGGUUUGUGCCUGUUCCCAGGGGUAUCAUUUGUCAUUUUAAAGACAACCAGCAUCGCCUUCUCCAAAAAAUUCAUUCCAGACCUCUCAGGUCAAAAGCUUUUUAACAGCAACUCAACAUAUGUCUGUAGAAGUCUGUUUUGGGUUCGAUGACAGACAAUUUACUCGUUUUUUAAAAGAUUUUAUCUUAAGCUUCCAUUUUAUUUGAAUGCCCCAUGACAAGUUUACAGGUAUUGCAUAACUGUAGAAGUGUAAUUAUAUAAAAAUACUGACCUGAAAUCAUAACCGAUACAAUAUGAGACAAUCCACACAAUACAACUUGCAAGAAUAUUAUUAUUCAAUUUUACAACACUGUUAUAUGGCGAAAAUAUUAAUGAAUAUAAAAUAAAAAAUCGUUACUCUUUUUAAAUAAAGAAUAAAAAAUCUACCUGUUUUCUACUUUUACAAUUAAAAAUAAACAUGUUUUAUAUUCAACAGCUAUAUUUACAUUCUUUUGAUUAUUAAUAAUCAAUAGAGAACAAAAAAACUGUAUUUAAAAUGCGCGUAAACCAUUAGUCAUCCUUUGCUUUUCGUGCCACGGAGAUUCCUCAGUGACAUUCAGAUGAUUCAAGGGGUUGUUUAGUAAAUCAUUGCACACUUCAGACCUGCUUUAUGAGUCAAGACUUGAUGUUAAUGACACUGGGGGCCGUUCAGUGUGUGAAUGUAUCUGUGUGUGUGUGUCGGAAGCUGAGUCGGCGAGUCAAGAGUGGGCUUUGACUGAAGUUUGAUGGACGACACUCACUAUAGACCAUAAAGAGCGGCGUUUCUGUCCGCAUGAGAGGACCCUUUGUUACAGUCGCUCUGCGGUUGAUGAUAGCCAGGCUGACAUUAUCGACCUCAUGCGGUUAUGAGUUGGCAGUCAUGCUUUACGACAACAGUUGACAGCGCACGCAUUGAUGGAGAAAAAAGAGAAAGUUACAUGGAGAGGAGCUUGAGAUUUCCACUGCCAGUACCUGAUUCCACUCUGGAAGAAUGACAGAGUGAUGCACAAUGAGUCAAAGGGGGAUUCUCAGGACUAUC